AUGUCUGAACAACCACUUCUUCAAAGUGCUCCCGGCAAACGCAUCGCCCUCCCGACCCGCGUCGAGCCCAAGGUCUUCUUCGCCAAUGAACGCACCUUCCUGUCGUGGCUCAAUUUCACCGUGAUCCUGGGCGGACUGGCCGUCGGCCUGCUCAACUUCGGCGACUCGGUCGGCCGCAUAUCCGCCGGCCUCUUCACCUUGGUCGCCAUGGCAGCCAUGAUCUACGCCCUCAUCACGUUCCACUGGCGCGCCAAAGCUAUUCGCGUCCGCGGCCAGGGCGGCUUCGACGACCGUAUUGGACCGACCGUGCUGGCCCUUGCCCUGCUCGCUGCUGUCGUUGUCAACUUCGUGCUGAGGGUCGUCGAGUCAUAG